AUGCAAGAUGCCAUUGCUGAUUCCCUUCGCGACUCAGUAACCAACAAGAUCAGUGCCAGUCCUUGCUUGUCCAUAUUGAUUGAUGAAAGCACAGACAUAUCAGUUACAAAGAAGCUCCUGAUAUACACGAGAUCACUCACUUCAUCCUUUGAUGUUGAAACCAAUUUUCUUGCAAAUGUGCAAAUUCCUGAUGGCAAGGCUAAUACUCUCCUAGGGGCUGUUAAGAAAACUUUACAUGAUCGUGGUAUUCCGAUGUCCAAAAUCAUAGCUGUGGGGUCAGAUGGGGCCGCUGUUAUGACUGGACGAAAGAAUGGUUUUGUGGCACUGCUCAACAAGGAGUCAGCUGUACCUGUUGUCAGUGUCCACUGUAUUGCUCACCGCCUUGCUCUAGUCACCAGCCAGGCUGCUGAAAAAGUUCCUUACCUGAAGAAAUUUCAAGGCACCUUAUCGGACGUGUUCUAUUUCUUCAAGAAAUCUUCUGUCAGACGGGAGCGUCUUUAUGCAUUAGAGGAGCGACUGCAGUAUUUGAAGGAAGACAAUGGUCCUGCACUGGUCCAGUUUGAAAGUCAGUGUCCUAGGGGAAGCCGCGAGUUUGAUGGUGUCGAAAUAUCAUCAGAGGCUGGCAUUGAGAAGCAAUUCUCAAAUAUUAGAGCUGCUUUCCUUCAAAAUCUCAUGAGCGAGCUUGAGUGCAGAUUCCCAGCUGUGGCUACUGAUGUUGUGACAUGCAUGUCAGUACUGUCACUAAGGGGACUGUCUUUCUUGUCAGAAGAUGCUAGAAAACACUGGGGAACGGAGCAGCUUCAAAAUAUCAUUGACUUCUACAGUCUUGGUGAUAAGGCCUUUGUAGAUGCUGAGGAGACCUUGAGAGAAUGGUCAAUGUGCAAGGAUAUGGUGCAUCAGCAACAUUAUCCAUGUACUAGCAUCUGUCAGUUAUGGCAGAUACUGACUUCAAGACACCCUGACACAUUCCCUAACCUGUGCAAAAUUGCACAAGUGGCUGUCCUUUUGCCCCUCCAAACAGCAACUGUUGAGAGGGGCUUCAGUGUACAAAACCUGAUAAAGAGGUCCCACAGAAACCGUCUGUCAUCACAGCGGCUGGACACUCUGAUGCAGCUGGCUCUGGGGCCUCCUGUAAGGGAAGUAUCUCUUGCACCAGCCGUCACGAAAUGGAGAAGGGACAAAAAGAGAAAGUUGUUCUGCUGAUGGUUUUACGGCGGUGACCUGUUGGAAAUACCAGGACUACAGUUACUGUUAACAGUUGUAUUUAGUUGUUAAUAACUCAUUCUUUGUUGAGUCAUGAGUGCAGGAUGUGCCUUGAUGUAUAAGCCCUUCUGUCACUUGGCCUGUUUGUUCAUGUUUUGCAGGUGCGAAAAGAGUUCUGAAUUUUCACAACCAUUGGGUUCUGUUGUUUGUUGUAUAAUAAUGGACCCCUCCAUUUUUUCUGGGACCCCUAAUUUUAUGAUGAAGGGGUCCAAGUGACCCCAAGAAAAUUUAAGCCAGAGCAGACACUGCUGUCCCACCAUUUGAGUGGGAUACCAACCAACUUUCCCACUAAGAUCAGAACCAAUUUUCUGACCAAGA